ACGCCGAAGAAACGACGUCGCAAUGACGCGUUGGAUGGGGACUGGUCAAUCAUGGAAAUGGGGCCGAUGUACCGGCCGGGUACCAAUUCAAUCACGAUUCCGUUGGGUAUACUGCAGUUGCCGUUUUACAACGCCGAUAGUCCGCAGUAUCAGAAUUAUGGUGGUCUUGGUUUCUUGAUCGCCCAUGAGGUCACUCACGGAUUUGACGAUUACGGUGCCGAGUACGAUGGUGACGGUUUUAAGAGCAACUGGUCGACCAACGAAACCGUUCGUCGCUACCCACAAGCACUACAAGGAAUGAUUGCCCAUUACAGAAACUAUCGCAUGCCGGGCGGACAAAUGGACGGCAACCGCACCGUGGGUGAGAAUAUCGCUGAUAACGGCGGACUGCGUGCGGCUUAUAAGGCUUAUGCUCGAUAUGUCAAGCGGCUGGGUCAUCUCGAGCCGCUUCUGCCGGGUCUGGAGAAAUUCCAUCCUGAGCAGCUGUUCUUCAUUUCGUCAGCGCAGAUCUGGUGUAAUAUAAUGUCGAUGAAGGCCCAAGAAGCAUGGAUGGAAAGGGAAACACAUGCCCCGUCGAAACUGCUAGUGAACGGUGCAGUGGCUAAUAUGCCGGAAUUUGCACAAGCGUCUGCCUGUUCGGCUGGCUUGCACAUGCACCCAAAAGUUAAACACGUUGUCUGGUGGUGAACAGGCGCAAAUCGAUAAUCAUUUAUAAGCUACAUUUUAUGCAAAUGGUAUCCCCGCGGCCGUUUUAUCGGUUACGGGUACGCGGCACAGUCAGCGGGGUUAGAUAAAUUGUAAUGAAGGCAGAAGGAACGUUUGUCCGCUCCGCGUUUCCUGUUUUUGUUACGCUGAAAAACUGAUGUAAAAACAGCUGUUUAUUG